GUGCGGAAGCUGUGACGUUGUAGUCUGUCGCGGUUGACGUUAGCGGCUGUGAGGGCGGUGGAGGUGCAGAUUUUACACCGGUUUCGCCGACACCGAGGGGAACGCCGGCGGAUAGUGAAGCUACGGUGACCAGACCCCACGUUUCUUUUCCAUAAAGAGAAACACCGGAAGGCGACGUUGAGCAGACGGGACGAGGAAGAACUUCAGCGGACGGAAGUGGGGACAUUUUGUGAAACUUUGAGCUGUCAGCCGUGCCGAGGCUUUUCGGGGGAGAAGACGUAAGUCGAGGGGACCCCGAAGCGGCCCGCUUCCACAUCAGCGCCCGGAGCCGCGGAGCGACGGGGCCGCGUAGCCGAGGAGCGGCGCGCCGGACAGCGGAUCGGUAGCGGAGCGUUGCCCUGCGCGGGGAGAAGUGAUCACCGGGGGCCGGGUCAUCCGGACAGAGACCUCAUGAAUGGAAAUCGGAACAACAGGAGACGUUGGAGCAGCCGUUGAGCCCCAAGUCCUUUUCUCGUUGCCAAGGCGACCUGGAUAUGGCACCCUUGGGAAGCCCAUCAAACUAUUGGCCAACUGCUUCCAGGUGGAAAUACCCAAAAUCGAUGUUUAUUUGUAUGAGGUGGAUAUCAAGCCUGAUAAAUGUCCUCGCCGGGUCAACAGGGAGGUGGUGGACUCCAUGGUUCAGCAUUUCAAGGUGACCAUCUUUGGUGACUGUCUGCCAGUUUACGAUGGGAAGAGAAGCCUCUACACGGCCAGCCCCAUUCCUGUGGCCACUGGUGGGGUGGAUUUAGAUGUCACCCUACCAGGGGACGGGGGGAAGGACCGCCCAUUCAAAGUCACCAUCAGGUUUGUGUCGCUAGUCAGUUGGCACAUGCUGCACGAAGUGUUGACUGGGCGGGCCGUGGCUGAGCCGGUGGACCUGGAGAAACCCAUCAGCACCAACCCCGUGCACGCCGUGGACGUCGUCCUUCGACACCUGCCCUCCAUGAAGUACACGCCUGUUGGACGGUCCUUCUUCUCCUCUCCAGAGGGCUACGACCAUCCGCUGGGUGGAGGAAGAGAGGUUUGGUUUGGAUUCCAUCAGUCAGUGCGGCCAGCUAUGUGGAAAAUGAUGCUCAACAUCGAUGUGUCAGCCACAGCGUUUUAUAAAGCCCAGCCAGUCAUCCAGUUCAUGUGUGAGGUCCUGGAUAUUCACAACAUUGACGAGCAGCCUCGCCCUCUCACCGACUCCCACAGAGUUAAAUUCACCAAAGAGAUCAAAGGUCUUAAAGUGGAAGUGACACACUGUGGAACCAUGCGUAGGAAGUACCGAGUCUGCAAUGUGACACGGCGCCCUGCCAGCCUCCAAACAUUUCCACUGCAGCUUGAGAGCGGUCAGACAGUUGAGCGUACAGUGGCGCAGUACUUCAGAGAGAAAUACAGCUUGCAGCUAAAGUACCCCCACCUGCCUUGUCUGCAGGUGGGUCAGGAACAGAAGCACACCUAUCUGCCCCUGGAGGUGUGCAACAUUGUACCUGGACAACGCUGUAUUAAAAAACUAACUGACAACCAGACAUCAACCAUGAUCAAAGCAACAGCCCGCUCCGCCCCAGACAGACAGGAGGAGAUCAGCAGACUGGUGAGAAGUGCAAAUUACGAGGCCGACCCGUUCGUCCAGGAGUUUCAGUUCCGCGUGCGAGACGAGAUGGCUCAGGUGACGGGCCGCGUCCUGCCGGCCCCGAUGCUGCAAUAUGGCGGCAGAGUGAGCUCUGAGCCAUUUAUGUCCCAGCAGAUCAACCCUGCACUGUCGUUGCAGAACCGCACGGUGGCCACACCCAGCCACGGCGUGUGGGACAUGAGGGGGAAGCAGUUUCACACCGGAGUGGAGAUCAAGAUGUGGGCCAUCGCCUGCUUUGCCACCCAGAGGCAGUGCCGAGAAGAGAUCCUUAAGAGCUUCACUGACCAGCUGCGUAAAAUCUCUAAGGAUGCUGGGAUGCCAAUCCAAGGCCAGCCAUGUUUCUGUAAAUAUGCCCAGGGAGCCGACAGCGUGGAGCCCAUGUUCAGACACCUGAAGAACACCUACGCGGGGCUGCAGCUCAUCAUCGUGAUCCUGCCAGGGAAAACGCCCGUCUACGCUGAGGUGAAGCGGGUGGGGGACACCCUUCUUGGCAUGGCCACUCAAUGUGUGCAAGUGAAGAACGUAGUGAAGACGUCCCCUCAGACGCUCUCCAACCUCUGCCUCAAGAUCAACGUCAAGCUGGGAGGCAUCAACAACAUCUUGGUUCCACACCAACGGCCCUCUGUGUUCCAGCAGCCUGUCAUCUUCCUCGGGGCGGAUGUCACUCACCCUCCAGCAGGAGACGGGAAAAAGCCAUCUAUUGCAGCGGUGGUGGGCAGCAUGGACGCCCACCCCAGCCGGUACUGCGCCACGGUGCGGGUCCAGAGGCCGAGACAGGAGGUCAUCCAGGACCUGGCCUCCAUGGUGCGAGAGCUCCUGAUCCAGUUCUACAAAUCGACCCGCUACAAACCAACCAGGAUCAUCUUCUACAGGGACGGCGUGUCAGAGGGGCAGUUCAGACAGGUGCUGUACUACGAGCUGCUGGCCAUCAGGGAGGCUUGCAUCAGUUUAGAGAAGGAAUAUCAGCCGGGGAUUACUUACAUUGUUGUGCAGAAACGCCAUCACACGCGUCUCUUCUGUGCAGAUCGCAACGAGCGGGUUGGACGAAGUGGAAACAUUCCUGCCGGCACCACAGUGGACACAGACAUCACCCACCCCUACGAGUUUGACUUUUACCUCUGCAGUCAUGCUGGAAUCCAGGGUACGAGCCGGCCCUCCCACUACCACGUUCUGUGGGACGACAACUGUUUCACCGGCGACGAGUUCCAGCUCCUCACCUACCAGCUGUGCCACACCUACGUGCGCUGCACGCGCUCCGUCUCCAUCCCGGCUCCAGCUUACUACGCCCACCUGGUGGCCUUCCGUGCCCGCUACCACCUUGUUGACAAAGAGCAUGACAGUGCGGAGGGAAGCCACGUUUCAGGGCAGAGUAACGGCAGGGACCCCUCAGCGCUGGCCAAAGCUGUCCAGAUCCACCACGACACACUGACCACCAUGUAUUUUGCCUGAACGUCCCCCCCCCACCCGACUUCCCCAGCCGGCCUGCGGCCAGCUGCGUUGCGCGCAGCGACCCCACCCCUGCGGCGGUGCAGCUCUGGUCAUCGCCGGCUGCGAGGAUGUAGCGAGCCGGAGAGGAGUUGCAGCCACGUUAUGCAAUCUGAAACCAGCCAGUCGUUUGCAUCGCUCUGUCGGCUUUACCUCCUCUGCUGUCUGAAUCACAAUGGAUUCUGUUUUCUUUUCAAAGCUCACGAGUCACAUCCUCGCCUUUCAAUUCUGGCAGCAGCUCAACGUUUCUCCUGCUUUCUUCCCUCCUGGUGUUAAAGAAAACAUAACGGCGGAUACAAAAACUGAAGAUUUUUUGGUGCACGGGUGAAAGUGGAACCAGUGAAGAGCCGACGCGCUCUGUAGCCUCACGUUGAGCCUGUUGCAGAUUUUACAAUGUAGACUGUUUUACAUGUUUUGUUUGAUUUUUCAGCUUGUCUAGAUAUAAUAAUGUCUAUGUGAUUUCCCUCUUUCAAAUGUGCGGCUGCCACGGCAACGGAAUGCUCGUAAAAACGAAAGCGUUUUUUUGUUUUGUUUGUUUUUUUACGGCAGGCGGCCUCAGCGGUUCCUCUCCUGCGUCCCUUUAAGCCAGUGGCUCCUCUCAUUCAUUCAGCCAGACAGUAAGACGCAUAGCGCUGAAUGAAAUGAGAAGAGUUUUUAAGUUUCUUUUUUACAACAAUGCCACGUGGAGCCAUCGAUGAAGCAUUGUACAUCGCAUGAGGCCUUACCGCGAGGCCACCUGCAUGAAGACGACUGUUGGAGUCCGACGCCGCGGCCUCCCUCUCUCCCAGUCCAGCUCGUGUUCUACCAAACCCACGGUGUGCGUGUUCCUCGUCUUUGUUUGUGACUCGUCUGACCUGAAUCAACGCUCAGCAAUCGAUCCGAGCAGCGCGGCUUAUAUCCUCUCGCGACCACACGUCUUUGGACUCGUCCCGGUUUUUAAGACGAGGAACUGACCAAUUUUUAGUUGUCAAGAAAAAAACAAAACUGUGCAAUAAUGUGUAACGCAGAGAGAGCGGGUCCAGCGGUGGAUAGUUUUUAGCAAGUAUUGGCGAGGUAAAGCUUUGUUUGUUAUGAGUGACUUUAGGCAAGUGACGAAGGACGUGGACAUGCGGUAUUUGACCUUCUGGUGGACGAGUAGGACGGAUGCUGAGCGGUCCGAUUGGGUACAGAGUGAUUAAACAAAGUGCCUGAUGUGUGCGGCUGGAUGGAAAGCUCUUCAUGGUGUGAAGGUCGAGGAGCCUCUGGUGAAACAUUUAGUGAAACGCUCUCAGCGACGCGUCGCAGUCCAGUAGUUUCGUCCUGCCGUCAAUUUGACUCGUAGGUUUUUGUUCCGUUCGCUCAGUAUUUGUUGUAAUUGGUUUUACACAUUUACACAGCGUUGUCGACAAGAAGUGAACUUUGUGAUGGUGUCUCGCUGGACGGUAUCGUACUUGGAUGCGUGUCCUCGCGCGAUGAGACUCACUUUAUGUUCACAUUUCAGAGUCCGUGUCACCUACUUAAGCUUUGCUGCGUUUGUCCUCAGAGGAGGUUUCAGUUUAAUGUCUAACAGUCCGGAGUAGGGCAGUAACUAGUAAUUAUUUCCACGUUCUAAUUUCCCACUGGUUGUCUAAAGAUCACAUAUGACAAAGAAAAACAUCAACGUUUUUUGCUUUAACGAAUGAUGAACUGAUCAUGGAAGCGGUUUCCAUAGAUGUAUUUUACUUUGGAGAAAACCGUCGUCAUGCAGCAAGGAACUGAUUUUCUGCUACAUUUGGACUCUGGUUGCUAAUCAAUCCCAAAUAAUCACAUAAAAACCUCAAGAAGCCAACGUUAGGAAUUGUAUCCAUAUGUCUCAUGCCCUUAAUCAGUACUUUGGUUUUUCGGGGGCCAGCUGUUUAAGUCGUGGCCUCGCAGUUUAGUCUAAUAAGGUUUCAUCACUUGGACCAAACCAACGUGCCUGGUCGGGGGGGGGGGGGGCUGCAGCAUCGAGCUGAUCUACUGUGUACUGCUUACUGUGCAAGCCACAUGUCACCAGAACCACACCUAAGCUGCUAUACGGAAAACACGUUCAUUUAAUAUUUCAUCAGAUACAUACUGGCUAUAUAUUGAUACAGAGAGAUUAAGAGAAUAAUGCUAUUUUACUGCACUUAAAGAGUUGUUUUUAUGGUUGGACAGAGACGGACUUGUUGUUGGAAGUCGCGGUUUGAAACAUUUUAAUUCUAAGGAUUUACCCGAGCAGCUCGUCCGCGUCAGAGCUGUUUCUUAAUGUCAGACAUUACCAGCAAUUUUGUUUUACUUGAAGAGAACUAGUCGUGGGCAUGUCUAACAUUGUUGGCUAGCGCUCUGCUAGUGUUUUGUAAGUCUACAUGGAGCCUUAUUACCCUCCGACGGCUCCUAAUAAUACGUACAGUAAAUCCACCUCCGGAGCCGGUGGGCAGUGUCUGACCGGGCAGGACAUCGGAUGCCUUUGUCCUUGAGAAAUAAAAAGCCUUUUUAAGUUUGGAUUUAGAUAUAUUUAUAUGUAGAGGUAUUAAAGUAACGCACACACCUCUUAUUUUUGUCUAACAAAGUCCUAUUUGAACCGGGAGCCGUGUGGAGAUAUAGCGUUCAAUAUAAUUGUGGUGGUCUGUAAUUUGAUGAUGCAAUAGGUUUACUUGUUUGGAAAAAGCGAUCGCGGCGUCGACCCGUGUGGCAGGGGGGACGUUUGUUCGGUAGCGCGAGUGAUCGGAUGGACCGUCAACCCUUCUCCGUGAAGAAGUCCCUCCGCUGUCGUUUUGUCAUCUCAGAAGCGCGUCAACGAAGUGGACUUUGAGUUUGAUGGAUUUCUCAAUGCACUUGCUAAGUGAAGCCUUUAUUUUUUAUUUAGUAUUAUUCUCGCAUAUUGGUGAGCGGAGCAGGAGGGGGGUUGAAAGUUCAUCUUCGGACUGCUUUUAUCCGUAAACAGACUGUGCCUUUUCCUGAUGGUGCUGGAAAAAAAAAAAACUAAGUAAAUCAAAGAAAUCUUUAACUUUCAGAGAAAGGCCCUCAGGCCCGAGUCUACAUUGAUGAGUAUAUAUUGAUACAUGAUAAUACUGUAAGGUGUGAUUGUGCGUGUGUGUGUGUGUGUGUGUGUGUGUGUGGAUACCCCCAACAUAUGCCAAGAACACAAAAUAUGCAGAACUGAUCGGUGUGGAGCUGACCGGACCAAAAGGCCUGUGGGGAUCGGCACUCUCAAGCACAACCCAAAAACUAACCUUUCUAACCAACAACACGACGUCAUAGGGGAACCGUCCCGAGUCCGUAGGUAACAAGUAGCUCAGCUUAGACGGGAUGUAGCAUUUAUUUAUUCCUCUUUGUUUCCAUAGAGACAUGACGCCUCCCUUACUGCCUUCAAACCAGUCUUUCUGCUCCUUGUUAUGAAUUGAUGUGUUCAUUUUGAAUGGACGGCAAUAAUGACGCAGUCCCUGACGUUUCUGUGCAAUCUCUAUCUGACCCCCCCCUCCCUUAAGUUCCUCCUCCAUCUUUACUUGGACCGGUUGAGUUGUGCCCGGUUCCCCCACAACAACGCGUCUUUAACUGUGCUUGGCUGCAUAUCGUACACAAAGAAAACUAUGUUUGGGUUUCACAGUAUAUUAAUGUCCUUUUUUGCCUGAUUAUUAAAUGAUGUCACUUUUAGAAGUAAAA